AUGUUGUCUCUUCGGGCUACCGAAAAUGUCAGAGAACUGGCUAUUCCUUGGCGCUUUAGCCCAACCCAGACCUAUGAUCCAAAAGAGAACCCGACGGGGCUCAUCUCAUUUGGCAUGGCAGAGAAUGUAUCUAUAUCCCCCCCGCAAUAUGGAAACCAGAAGCUAACUUCUAAGCAGAAACCAAUGAAGGCAGAUAUAGCCAAAUAUAUCAACGAAAAGGUCGUCUUUACACAAGAUUCUAUCAGCUACCGCUCAAGCGCACCAACCGCUGCAAGACUACCUGCCGCUACAGCCGUUCACUUGAAUAAUAUUCUCAAACCACAUGUUGCAAUUCUUCCAGAGCAUAUCUUCGUCGCAGACUCUCCGACUUCCCUUGGCAGUAUGCUAGGAUACAAUCUCGCAGAACGCGGGGACGGCAUUCUCGUCAGCAGACCUGUAUACGGCCGCUUCGAGCUCGACUACGGCGUUGAAUCGGGCAUUACAAUGGUUUACGCUGACACAGCUGUGGAAGAGGCCUUCUCUCCUGCUUCCGUGGAGAAGUAUGAGUUGGCUUUGAAGGAUGCGAAGGAACACGGCAAGGAAAUUCGAGCUGUGCUACUUGUCAACCCGCAUAACCCUGUUGGUCGUUGUUACCCCGUCGAGACACUCGAGGCUAUCGCCCGAUUCUGCAACAAGCACAGUCUUCAUCUCAUCAGUGAUGAGGUCUACGCUUCCUGUGUGUUUGACUCUGGUGACCCUGAGGCUGUGCCGUUUACGUCAAUCCUCUCGCUGGAUUUUAUGGGGUUGAUUGACCCUAAUUUGGUUCAUGUUUUGUAUGGCUUCAGCAAGGACUUUGCUUCCGGUGGCCUUCACCUUGGGUUCUUGGUGACCCAAAAUCAACAGCUUCGUCAAGCUUGCAAAGCAAUCCUGAGACUCCAUGGUGCUUCACAGGCAGCGGUAACGAUUGGCACUACGAUUCUAGAAGACCAAGCUUUUGUGUCGAGCUUCACGGCAAAGUCAAGACAAGGUCUCGCUUCAGCCUACCGGCUUGCAACGUCGGUGCUCAGCAAAGAGGGAAUAAACUAUGUCAAAGGCGGAAACGCCGGCUUCUUCGUGUACAUCGACUUAUCACCUUAUCUCCCCGUUGACAAUGCUCUUUCUCCUCGACUACGGGAGUUCGCUCUUGCACAGAGGCUUGUCGAUGCUGGCGUCUUUUUGCAUCCUGCGGAAGAGCAUUCGCAGGAUAUUGGGUGGUUCCGGCUGGUUUUCUCCCAGGAAGAAGAGACAAUGAAGGAAGGCCUUAACAGGUGA